AUGUCUGCUCUCAACGAUGCAAAGCCGGCUGAUACCGCCAACGCGAUCGACGACUUCAAGUUGCCCCCCGGCGUACCACGCCAUGCAGCUUGUGCCUGUGAUGAUCUUGAAAAGAGAUUACUGAGGAAGCUUGAUUUGCGCAUGUCCAUUAUCGUGGUUAUCUAUACUCUUAAUUAUGUGAGUCUAAGUUCGAGUUGUUUGGCAGGCUCUAUCGGCGUCAAUGCUCGAUUACAAGGUUUUGAGCAAGACCUGCACCUGCAGGGGCAAGAAUACGCCACAAUUUUGUCGAUCCUAUUCGUUGGAUACAUUAUUAUGCAAGUACCAUCAAAUAUGUUUCUGUACUGGUUGGAGAGACCUUCUGUCUUUCUUCCAUCUUGUAUGUUUGUAUGGGGUGCGAUAUCAGCACUAACAGGGAUCACAAAGAAUUAUACGGGGGUUCUUCUCGCCCGUUUCUUUCUUGGCUUUGCCGAAGCACCUUUUUACCCUGGAGCCUUGUUUCUUAUAUCUCGGUGGUACAAGCGAGACGAGCUCGCAUUGAGAGCGGCUCUCAUUUCCUGUGGAAUACCGCUCAGCAAUGGCUUCGGAGCCCUCAUUGCAUCUGGUAUACUUCAAGGCAUGCAGGGAAAGUUGGGUCAAGCUGCAUGGAGAUGGUUAUUCUAUAUCGAGGGCAGCAUGACCAUGUUCAUCGCGAUUUGCGCGAUGUUCGUACUCCCUGAUUUCCCGCACAACACGCGAUGGCUCACUCCGGAGGAAAGGACACUUGCCAUCUCUCGCCUUGCGGAAGACGGUGAUGGUCGGGCUGAGCCUUGGAAAAAGACGACCAUGCAAGGACUAUGGGAUGCUGUGUCUGACUGGAAGGUGUGGUGGUUUGCAGCUGCGUUCACUGUCCAGCUUUUAGCGCAGUCAUUCUACGCUUACUUCCCGACGCUCAGCGCAACUAUGGGAUAUAAUACGACGGUAUCUUUGCUGCUCUGCGCUCCUCCAUGGGUUUUCUCCACGAUAGCUGCGUUUGCUCUUUCGAGGUACUCUGAUAAGAAGCAAGGGCGUUACAGAUACAUUGUUGCUUCCAAUGCAGUCACUGCCAUUGGAUUCAUCAUAUCCAUCUGUACGAUGAACACAGCUGCGCGCUACAUUUCGCUGUUCCUGAUGGCUCAAGUCUAUGCCGGAUAUAUGGUGCUCUGGGGCUGGAUCAACAACACUUUCUCUGGAGAGCCUGCGAAACGAGCUGUCGCCCUUGCUUUGAUUAACGGACUGGGGAACAUAGGAAAUAUUAUUGGAUCGUACGUCUGGCAGUCUCACUGGGGUCCGACGUAUCGUUAUUCCUAUGCCGUCUGUAUCGCAACACUUGGGGUAUCAACAGGCAUGUUUGGUGGGAUGCAUCUGUAUUUGAAACAUUUGAAUGAACAAAUUGCGAGGAAUGAGCGGGAUGGGAAGGACAGUGAGAAGCUUGGAAACCCCAUCGGUUUUAGAUAUUUAGUGUAGUAAAGAAUGGAUGUGGUAUGUGGCUCUCGGAUAUAUGGUUAAUGCAUACAUAUAGAGAAUACCUUGAUCUAAUUGGU